AUGUCGACAGGAGAGGGGAACAUAAUAGCUGGUGCUGCUGCUGCUGAGGGUGUAGCAGCACCGCAACACGAUCAGCAGCAGCACUGGGGUCUGGAAGGUGGCGACGAGAAAGCUGCGGCUGCUGUUGCAGCGGCAGCAGCAGCAGCAGCAGCUGCUGCUGCUGCCAGCCCAGCUGCGGCAGCCAGCAGCAGCAGCAGCAGUACGGGUGUGAGCCCACAGGGAGAGCCAGCACCGAACAGCAUAGCUGAGGGCUUGGCCAGUGGCAUCCUGCCCUGCCGCAAGCGUAAAGCCCCCGAGGAAUUGCCCCAAAUAGAUGAGGCGACAGCAGAGAGACUAAAGAGAGCCACAGACUCUCUAACUAAGGAACAACUCAAAAUGCUGCUAGCGAGGGCGUGCUCACAUUACCCCGCUGUUGAAAACGCCCUUUACGCCCUCAUAGAGGCCGAUCCCAGCAGCCGUCGUUUGAUGAUACGCAAUGUGCCAUAUACAGCCACCGAAGUCUCUCUCAGGCAAACUGUGGAGGCGUAUGGGCCAAUCGAAGACUUUAAAUUAGUUAUUGAUAGGAAUACAGGGCUGAACAAGGGCUUCGCAUUUGUGACAUAUAAGUCUAUGGGAGACGUGGCCCGCGUUCUCCAGUCGGAGGUGACAAUAGAUGGCCGACCUCUCAGCAUAAAGCUGGCGUCGCAGCAAGACCAAGGCGCGGCCAUGAAACGGGCAUUCUUGGGUCCCAACCAAGGAUGCCGUUUGUUUGUGCGGAACGUACCCGAUACUUGUGACGAACGUCGCCUUAAGCAAGAGUUUGAGGGUUUCGGUACUGUGAGGGAGACAGCGAUAGUGCGCAAUAGGGACGGCUCCUCCAAGGGCUAUGGAUUUGUUGUAUUUGAGGACCCAGAGGCGCUCAUGAAGGCGGCGUCGCAGGCACAGCGAGUUAUUGAUGGCCAAGUGACCUUUGUUUCUGUAGCUUCGGAGUCAAGGAAACAGCAGCAGCUUGGUGGGGGGGGGAUUUUACCACCGCAGCACCUUCAGCAGCUGCCAUUGGGAGGGUCUCAGUACCAGCAGCAGCUACAACAGCAGUUGCAGCAGCAGCUGCUUCAGCAGGCAGCUGUGCCCCAGUGGCCGCUUACAUCUUCCACAACAACAUCGGGAAGCCGAGCUGAGGUUUCAAGUCCCUACGGCACCCAAGCCUCACUUAACACUGCUGCAGCAGCAGCUGCUGCUGCCGCGUUGCCGGCCACCACUGCAGCUGCCGCUGCGAAUAACCCGUACAUGCAGCAGAUCACAGCCGCCCUGAUGCCGCAGCUGUACAUGCACCAUUACCAGCAGCAAUAUUUAGCGAGCUCGCAGGCAAACGCUGCUGCUGCGGGUGUUGCUACUUCCACAACACAGCAGCAGAAGUAUCCCAACAUACAAGGCAUGCAGCAGUAG